AGAUAUGAGUUACCAAAAAAUUUGGAUUCGACGCAAAGAUUUAUACCAACAAUUCUGAUUGUGAAUCUCACUCAGGAAAAAUCUUGUUGAUCGAGCAUUCCCAGUAUUCAAUGAUAAUAACAACAAUGAUAUAAUAGUAAUAAAAGUAGGUGUAGUGCUGAAACAUAAUAAGUUUGGAAGAGACAACAAAAAACAAUAACAUCAGCAACAACGAAUUGAAAUCUUGAAUCAUUGUCAACGAUUUAAUCGUCUUCUUCCUUUACUCUUGUUGGUGACUCUCAAUCGAUAGUCUAUUUAUUAUCCUGUAGAGUUGGGUUUAUCCUUAAUCUUAAAUCCAUUUUGUUUUGUGUACUAAUGUGUUAUCCCACUUGUAUCUCUCAUCAAUGUUAAUUAUCAUUUUAACUGGUUCCAUAAAUCACUGCUAACCAAUGUUGGACUUUUGUUUUGAUGAUAUUGAUCUGCUUCACUCUUUCCUAUUUCUCUGACCCUCAUCAUCAUCAUCACAGGUUAGUUUGGCCUUGAUUCAAUACCAGUUCAUCUCAAAAUUUCAAUAUCAGUUGUUUCGUGUAUUUACCUUGAGGAGCAACGAUGAAAGAUUAUGAUAAAUCAUUCGUGACAACCCAAGUUGUAGCUGAAAUUCAUCAUUAUCAACUAACCGAGCCAACUAACAUCAAAGAUUUAAUCAACUUAGAAAACCAUUGUAUCAAGAAGCUCGAGGAAAUAACUUUGCUUGAAGAUGAAUCUCAAUCAAGCAGAGCUGAUGAUCCUGAUCUAUCUCCAGAUUUGAUUGUUGAAUCAUCUGAAUUAAUCAGCGAAAAAUGUGAAGAUGACGGAUCUUCAUCUUCAGUAGACGAGAUCGAAGAAGAUUGUAGUGAUUUAACCUCCUACCGAACUGAUUCAUACAGCUCCGGCGAAUCCUCUGAUGCUCGAAGUCCAGCUCCUGGUCCUUUAUCACCCUCUCGACGGCGCAGUGUAUCUUUAACAAAUAGUUGUUGCAGGAUCAAUGAAAGUGGUGUUGGAUGCGGGGAAGGUGUAGAAGGACCGAAGAUGUGCACCGCCACCUUGACCGGCCACUCUACUGCUAGUAACUAUGUUCGCUACGAUAAACCCUCACAAGUUCCCUAUACUCGUAAUCCUAAAACAGCUGGGCUCAAUUUCAAUACAAACCUUCGUAAGCCUCCUGAAAAUUGGCUUCGCAUGAGAUCAGCAUCUCAAGGCUCAGGACACAAUGGAUGGGGUCGACACGGAGCCCCUUAUUGGUCGUAUCCAUACUCAAAGUCAUCAUCAUGGUCAAUGUUUGCUUUCCGUUAUGUUGGACGAGGUCGCAGACCAUUUCACAAAGGUCUUGCCAACAAUAUAGUCUGUCUUUGUUGUGGAUGCUGUAAUUGUUCAAGGGUCAAUCAAACAUUGUGUUGCUGCUGUUAUCAUUGUGUCCAUCGUAUUUCCUCUUGUCGUCGACCAGAUUUAACCAAACACGUUAGACAAGGACCUUUAAUUGGACCACGAAAAUCAGUCUCCAACUCUUUGCAACAACCUGCAUGUGAAGGUGAUCCCAAUGGUGGAGCAGAAGCAAGUGGAAGUGGUACUUGUGGCCAAGCACAUGAACCUGAGUCAGGCCUUGAAUCGGGAAUGGAUUCAGGAACCGAGUCUACUUCGGGUAAAACUUCGGAAAAGAGUAAAAAGAAGUCAAGUUCUGGGUCUGGUAAAAGCUCAACAACGACACCUUCCAAUGAAACCAUGCCCAAGUCUUACAAAUUGUCAACUCUCUUUUAAAUUUAAUUUCAUUGUCAUUAACUUUAUUCUCGAUAUCUUCACCUCUAAUAUUUUUUAAUGAGGAUUGAAAGUCAAAUUUUUGUCUUUAAUUUGAUCAAUUGAUGAUCGUUUGAUGUUGCUAUCAGAUGAGUCUUGAGAUGUUACUCUAUUUUAUUGAAUUCAACAAAUCAUCGCACCAUUUUCUUUCCAGAAAACCUAUUUUCACUAGACGCGAAUAAGAUUCAAAAGGAUUUUGAUCAAUUAUUUUAAAGCUUGUUAAUUGUUGAAAACAAAAAUGGUUUUAUUUAGGGAUAAUUGUUGCUGCUUGAGAAGUAAGAAAUAGUUGAGGAAUAACAAUUAGACAAUGUAUUACACGAGAUUGUCACAUUGAUUGGAAAGUUGGAGGUAAUGUAAAUUGAAAGAUGCUUUUGAAUAAAAUAAAGUGUAUUUUGCUGCUAAA